AUGUUGCUCCUCCAACAGACUGGAGCAGUACUGGCAUUAACUGUCGCAGUUAGGGGUGCUGCUUCAUCGACAACAACCUCUAUCCAGUUAACCCAGUCUCUUCUUCCUCAAGUUGGAGCCGCUCCUAGCCUCACGCCCACGAUCCAUGAUUCCAAGGCCCCUGAUCCACAGACAUGCCCGGGCUACAUGGCUGCCAAUGUUGUUGAAACUCCACAAGGUGUAACUGCGGAUUUAACACUCGCUGGGCCACACUGUCAAGCUUUUGGAACUGAUAUUCAUGACUUGGUACUCCAAGUUCAAUAUCAAGCAAAAGAACGACUUAGCGUGAAGAUAUAUCCAAAGUACUUGUCCGUCCAGAAUGAAACGCACUAUAUUCUUCCGAACUUUAUUGUUCCCUCACCUGAGAAUGAUAACAGCACCACCAAGUCUAAAAGUGACCUAGGAUUUGAGUGGAGCAACACGCCAACUUUCCAGUUUAAAGUAUCCCGUGUAUCGAAUAAGGAAGAGUUGUUUUCCACAUAUGGACAUGUCCUCGUCUAUGAGGAUCAAUUUCUCGAGUUAGUGAGCAACAUGGUAGAGGACUACAAUGUGUACGGCUUAGCCGAAAAUAUUCAUGAUUUCCACUUGGGCCAGAACUACACACAGACUUUCUGGACCAACGACGCGGGUAUUACGUCAGGCAAUCCAAUUGAUGGCAAUAUCUACGGUGUUCAUCCAUUCUAUCAAGAAAGCAGAUACCACUCGGGCAGCAAUACAUCGUCUCAUGGCGUGUAUGCACGCAAUGCUCACGGUCAGGAAUGGCUUCUCAGGCCGAAGACUAUCACAUACCGGGCGAUUGGUGGAAGCUUCGACUUUUACUUCCUUAGUGGCCAAGACGACAACGGAGGAUCAAGCGCUGUUGAUACGAUCAGGCAGUAUCAUGCCGGCUGCGUCGGGCUACCAGCAAUGCAAAUGUUUUGGACUCUUGGUUUGCAUCAAUGCCGCUUGGGAUACGACAAUCUAAGUAUGAUGCAAGACGUUGUUGCCAAUUAUAAAGCUGCCAACAUUCCCCUUGAAGCCAUAUGGUCUGAUUUCGAUAUGUUUGAUGGCUAUCGUAGCUUUGUGAACAACCCAGUUUCCUACCCUGUUGAUAAAAUGGCUGCCUGGCUUGAGAAGCUCCAUGACGAUAGUCAAUAUUAUGUUCCUCUUAUCUGGACAAACAUCUAUCGUACCAAUCCUGAAGACCCAGAGGAUGUUUAUCCACCUUACCAACGUGGUGCUGACCUUCAAACUUUCAUUCGGAAUCCUGCCACGGGUGACUAUUACAAUGGCGAUAACUGGCCAGGAUUCAGCGUCUGGGGUGACUUUCUACUACAAUCGUCGUAUUCAUGGUGGGAAAAUGAGCUCAGAACCUGGCACAACAAAAUACCAUUUGAUGGUGUGCUGAGUGAUCUCAGCGAGCCAGCUUCCUAUUGCGUUGGAUCUUGUGGAGAUGGGAACCUUCAUUUGAACCCCGUUCAUGUUCCGGAGUUGAUGCCCGGUGAUCUAUUGAAUAAUGAUUACGAAUAUCCGAAAGGUUUUAGUAUCAGCAACAAGUCAGAUGCUGCUUCAGCGAGCCUAGCUGCUGCCUCUCAGUCGUCUGCUCUUCUCUCUUCAACACCAUUCCCAUCGGCUACCUCUACCACCCUGGGGCGUACUGAGCCGACACCUGGGGUGAGGAAUUUGACAUAUCCACCAUACGUGCUUAAUAAUGCGCAAGAAGGUCACGCCUUGGUGAAGGGAACAAUUUCUCCCGAUGCCACACACAAUGAUCCUGGGAAUACCACCGAGUACGAGAUGCACAAUCUAUUUGGAUAUCAAACCGGAAACGCUACAUACCAUGCCCUUCUCGAAAUCCUCCCCAAUCGGCGACCAUUUGCUAUAUCUCGUGCGGCUUUCUCUGGCAGCGGGCGUUUCUCCUCUCAUUGGGGUGGCGAUAAUUCUGCUACCUGGGGAAGUAUGUUCUUGGGAAUCUCACACUCCCUGACACACAUGAUGGCCGGUAUUCCUAUGUUUGGCGUAGAUGCAUGUGGCUAUACACAUAACACAGACUUCGACCUUUGCUCUCGCUGGAUGUCGCUGACGGCGUUCUUCCCAUUCUACCGCAAUCACAACAUCAAGGGAACAAUUCCACAAGAGGCCUAUAUAUGGUCAUCUGUCGCUGAAGCUUCGCGACGAGCAAUUUCUGUGAGGUAUAGUCUUCUGAACUACAUAUAUACCCUCUUUUAUCAAGCUCAUACCAAAGGUGACACGGUCAUGCGAGCUCUUGCAUGGGAAUUCCCCAAUGAUGAGACUUUGAAGGCUACCUAUUCGCAGUUCAUGCUUGGACCAUCGCUUCUCGUCACUCCCGUUCUCACCCCCAACUCUGAUACUGUCCGGGGCGUGUUCCCAGGCAUUGGAGAAGGAACGCGAUGGUACGAUUGGUAUACACUGCAGGAGGUUAAUGCUCAGCCCCGGGAGAAUGUCACCCUUGCUGCUCCAUUGGAACAUAUCAAUGUUCAUGCCCGCGGUGGCAGCAUAUUCGUUCUUCAAGAGCCUGGGUACACAACAGCUGCGACUAGAGACAACUCAUUUUCUCUAUUAGCUACCCUAGAUAAUAACCAGUAUGCCGAGGGAAUUAUCUACAUUGACGAUGGUGUCAGUUUGGUACAAAAUGCUACUAAGACGGUCUCGUUCAUAUAUGAAAACGGAGCCAUUAUAGCGUCUACUCAUGGGACCUACCAUGCGCCUCCAGCGCUCGCCAAUUUCACUAUCGCUGGUUUGCACACAGAGCCCCGAGGGUUCCAAUUUCGCAGCAACAACAAACUCUACCAUAGCCGACCGGGCAAUUUGAACUAUAAGAAUGGCACCGCAUACAUCACUGGCUUGGAACAAUAUACUUCAACUGGAGCAUUUGAGCAUAGCUUCCAGCUGAAUCUUACAUACUAA